UCAUCGCGAGUUGUAUUUCAAUUCUUUAGAUGGGAUUCCUCCGAACUGGAACACCUGUAUAGUUUCCAAGUUCCCCCGAUACUGAAACUGUUAGGCUUCCAUUGGCAAGGCGUUCAUCAUGCUGUACGCACUAGGCCUGUUCGACUCAACUUACUACCUAAAGAGCCAAGAAGUAACCUCGGGUAUAUCUACUUCUACUGCAGGCUAGGUCAAUGCUUCCUUGCUUGCCCACCACACCUCUGUUGUUCGUUUCUUUCUCCUUUGUUUCUUUUCUUCUUGCACCAACAGAGACGUGUUUAUGGUCUGCAUCUCUACACUUGAUAGAUAUUGCUAUCAGAGAAAACUAAUAGACCAUGGCGAAGGAUUUCCAAUUCCACCCUCUACAGCCGAUCGGCGAAAACAUCCACUUUUUCCAACCUCCCGAGCCAGCGAGCAGUGGCCCCGCCCUGAUCACUCUCUGUACUUGGCUGGGAGGCGCCACGCCCCCGCGGAUCCAGAAAUACAUCUCAGGCUAUCAGGGCUUGUAUCCGACCUCUGCGAUUCUUCUCACCACGACGCGCAUCCUAGAAAUCGGUCUACUCCCUUUCAGCGUCCUGCACGCGCGCCUGGCCCCGGCCCGGGAUGUGUUGCGGCGGUUGAUCAGCAGCGGCGACCACAAUGACAGCCAGUCAAUCCUUCUGCAUAUCUUCUCUCAUGGCGGGUGCAACACCGCCAUCCAAUUAGCCCUCUCUCUCCAGAUGGAGGAUCCGAGAGGUCACCCACCACUCGAAUUGGGGAGAUAUCUGGGCGGGAUCAUCUUCGAUUGCUGUCCGGGUAAUACUUCCUUCGGGCGCGCGUACCAGGCCGCAGUGCACUCUUUACCGCCGUCCUCAGUGCUGGCGCAAGCGGUCGGCAGAGUACUGCUUUAUCCGGUGAUUGGCGUUAUUACUGGACUUCAGCAGACAGGAUGGAUGAGCUCGAUUCGGGGCCUGUGACGGCAGUUGAAUGACCCAGCGGUGUUUGGGAGGACGGCUCCCAGGCUAUGUUUGUAUUCAACAGCGGAUCAAAUGGUUCGAUGGGAGGAUGUGGAGUCGCACCAGAGAGAGGCGGCUGCCGACUUGGGGAAGUGUUGUGCAGUGAAACGGAUCACUUUUCCAGAUAGCCCGCACU